AUGGCAGCUUCUAAACCCUAUCAAUUGGUUGAGGAGCUUGACGAAGACCUUUUAAACUGUGAGAUAUGUUCCGAUCGUUAUACCAAUGCGAAACUACUUCCGUGUCAACAUAGUUUUUGUGAAGAUUGUCUCGUUACGAUGGUCUCAAGGAGUGGACUUCCUGGCGUUGUUAUAUGUCCUCUGUGUAGACGUAAACAUGACAUUCCUGGCGGCAUCUCAAAUGUAGAAAAUAAUAUGUUUAUUAAUCAGUUAGUAGAGGUUUUCAAUGUACGAGAUGAGAAUACCUGUCAGCCGAUAAAAUGUACAGCGUGCGCAGAGUCAGAAGUCAUUAAACGAUGUUUGGAUUGUGCAAUGGAUGUAUGUGACAACUGUGCACGUGCUCAUACCAAGUUUCCAGUUACCAGAAAUCACACAAUCAUAACACUGGAAGAAUACAAGUCGGACAAGACAGGGCAACUCCACUCAGCUGUUUACUGUGAUAAACAUCCGGAUAAUCAGAUAAAAUUAUACUGCGACACAUGUGAAGUGGCCAUCUGUCUAGAGUGUACUGUGAUCGACCACCAUCAUCAUCACUGCAAGUAUCUGGAUAAUGCAGCAUCAGAAUUUAAAGAGAAAUUAAGUGUGAUGGUAAAGGAAAUGAAAGUGAAGGAAAAAGAGGGAAGACAAAGUAUAGUCUCUGUACAGAAGGUGUCCGAUUCACUCGAAUCCAAUUUCAAGCAGGAAGAAUCAAAGCUCUGUCAGUUUGUAGAGAAGAUGAUGGAAGAAACCUCACGUAAAAUACGUGACAAUGGAGCAACACUGAUGAAGGAGAUAGAAGACGUGCAUAAAGUGAUGCAGAGUAACUUGAAAGCUCAACUGAAACAACUGGAGACAUCAACCAGUGAUUUAACUCGUACAAGAGAAUUUGCUGAGAAUCUACUGACUCACGGAAAUGCAUCACAUUUGAUGUCUGCUAAGAAAAGCAUGUCAUCAGAAUUACCACGACUACUAGAAAUGUGCAUUAUACAAGAACCAAAAGAAAGUGACUACAUAAAGUUCUGUCCAUCACAGAAAGUAAACCAAACUGCAGACAUUGGGGUGAUAUCGACUCACCACUGUCUUGGUAUUCACUCUCAUCCUAAUAUUGUGAGAAUCCAAGAUGAUGUCAUCGUUACCAUGGGAAACAAGUUGAAAAUAAAAGAACCGAUUACACUUGACUGUAUACAGGCUGCAUUGAAGACACCCAGUGACAAACCUGUUAAUAUGACAAUAAAAAAUAGCCAUGAUGGGUCAGUAGAAUUUAAAUUUAAAGCUGAAAAUGUGGGUGAUUAUGAACUGUCAGUAUCAUCAUAUAAUAAACCAGUGAUGGGGUCACCUGUCAGCAUAAAUGUAAUUCCGAGAAAAGGAUUGAUUUGUAAUUUUGGUAGAAAUAGCCCAGGAUUAGGGAAACUAUCUUAUCCCUUUGGUGUAGCAUUGACCAAGAAAAGGAAUAUUUUAGUUUGUGAUAGUGCCAGUAAAAAAAUACAACUGUAG